GCUUUGCAGAAGAAUUAUUUGACAUUGAUGAACCGAUACCUCUUCUUCCAUGAGCCAAAGUGCAGGUUGAUGAAGAGGAGAACCACCGACAGAAGGAGGAGAGCGUCGGGGAACUCCUGAAGACUGUGGAGAAUGUGAGCAUAGCGAUUCCUGAACGGUUCGCAGAUCCGCCAAGCAUCUGCAAGGUCCCCGAGGAGCUCACCGAGGGCAGCAAUGGCGCCUACAUCCCCAAGGUUGUCUGCAUCGGCCCGCUCUUCGACAGCAAGCGCAAAACGGACAGGAUGGCCCGGCUGGAGCACUACAAGUGGUGCUGCAUCCGCAAGUUCAUCGUAGGGGGCCUGCACCCACCUGCUGCUGCCGGGACAUCGGAGUCAGAGGCCUGGUCGCCGGCGGUACACGAGCCGCUGCUUCGCGAAUGCAUGGACACGAUGACGCGGCUCCUGCCGUGAAUUCGUGCCUCCUACAACAGAAUGUCGUCCUCCAAGGACACGAGCGACGAGGAGCUGGCGACGAAUGUGCUUCUCGACGGCUGCUUCAUCCUCCAACGCCUGCUCAAGUACACCCGAAUGGCCAAAAGAUCUUCCGGGGAAGGAAACGACGAGGACGAUGACUGGGCCCAGCUAAUCGGCCGGAAAUGGGUCUGGGGAACCGUGAAGCGCGACCUACUUGUGCUUGGAAACCAGGUUCCCUUCUUCGUCAUUCAGAAGCUGUUCAAGCACCUGGGGAGAAAGAGCAAGAGCAACAGCUAUGAUGGUGAGCGUGACGGUGACAACGACAUCCUCCUCUACGGUGGCCUCCAGCUAUUUAGCUCGUUCCAUCCUCGCCCGAUGCAUGCCUCGCCCAUCGCCAGGCACGACGUGCACCACCUCCUCCACCUGUUCUACCUCUCCAUCGACCUCGCCCGCUCCUCGCCUUGGCACCGUGACUCCACCCGCGGCCAGGGCCCCCCGCAGAGAAAGUCCGCACUGCCGCCAGACCUAACAUGGUGGGCGCCGAGCGCCGAGGAUCUGGACGCGGCUGGCGUUCGGAUCCGUGCACGCGAUGAUGGCACCGCCACCAGCUUCCUCGACGUGAAGUUCCACCGAGGCGUCCUGGAGAUCCCGCCGCUGAAGCUAUUCGACUACAGCGAGGCCUUGUUCCGGAACCUGAUCGCAUUUGAGCAGACCUACCCGUUCACGCCGGGCCGCAUCACCACGUACGCCAUCCUCAUGGACUGCCUCCUCAAGACGGACGAGGACGUGCGCCUCCUCCACCAGAGCGGGGUGCUCGUGAACCGCAUGAACGACGAGAGGAAAUACGCCGCCACGGGGUUCUUCAGCCGCCUCUGCGCUGAGGCACGCACCUCGGCCAACCGCAACCACCUGGCCGACGUGAUGGAGGAGGUCGUGAGGUACCACAGAGGGAGAUGGCCCAGGUGGCGUGCCGCUCUGGUGACCAACCCUUGGGUGACCACCUCCCUCGUCGCCUCCGCGGUCUUGCUAGGCUUGACCGUGCUGCAGACCUACUACACUGCCAUUGCCUACUACAAGCCAACCAAGUAAUUAUUAUUGGACGCGACUAACAAACAGUCGACUGUACGCUAAGCAUUAGAUCCACACGAUCGUAAACCCGGUCUUUUGUUUCAUUACUGAACGAUUGCCCCCUGCCAGCAUGCGAUGCCAUUUCCAGCGCAAGUUUGCAUGCAUUCGCUCACCAGUACUAGUUAUGAACAAGACAAAAUU